GAUUACGAAUAGAGAUAAAGAGUAAAAGUAACUUCAGAUUUUUUUGCCGUGUGUAAGUGGAAUGGUGAUCACUUGAUCCCAUAUUAAUUUAAAUUAUUCUGUCACAAAUUAUUUAGAAACAAAUAAUGGCAGCUCGUAGAAGCAUCAAUGCCAUAAACUGGUCAGCCAUCGCCGAACGUCUAGCCGAAGCUGAUAAACCCAUUUUUGCUUCAUUUCGUUCAAAGUCUGAUGGUUACCUCCGACGCAUGAACGAGUACCCAGAAACAGUACCAGCAAUUGAUUGGGCUGCCUACAAAAAGAGUAUUCCCAAGGCAUCAUUGGUUGAUGAAUUCCAAAAGCAAUAUGAGGCCUUGAAAAUUCCAAUUCCAGCAGACAAUUAUACAUCUAUUGUCGAAGGACAGGAAAAAGAAGCGAUGGAGCACGUCAGGAACUUUAUCACAGAAUCAAACCAACGAAUUCAAGGUUACAAAGCCGAGAUUGAGAAAAUCGGUAAAAUGCUUCCAUUCGACCAGAUGACUAUGGAAGACUUUGCUGAGACUUACCCAGAUGUCGCAUGGAGCCCAGAGAAACCAACAAUUUGGCCCCACUUCCCCGAGUACCAACCUGGUGAUGAGCCUGAGCCAAUUCCAAAGGCCGAGCACUAACUUUUUAAACCGAACAAUUGUCAGUGAUGUACAAUUGUAGUACAUUGUAUAAUAAUUACAUAGAAUUAUAUCGAAAUUCAUCUUUAAAUUGUUGGUAUUUAUUGAUUACAAUGACAACGCUAACAAUCAACACUCAUUUAAAGAUAAUUGUAAUCCUUGAGUAAUAAAUUCUAUUAUAAAUUA